AUCAGCAGACCCUCGCGGCGGCGCCGGCGCCGCACGUCGACACGGACGCGGAGCUGGCAGGGGAAAUGGAGGAGCAGCGCGGCAAGUUCCUCAUGCUGCGCCUCUACGAGGCGCUUAACUCCCGCGACACACGCCGGGCGCAGGACCUGCUCGCCCCGGACCUUGAGUGGUGGUUCCAUGGCCCGCCCACGCACCAGCACAUGAUGCGCCUCCUCACCGGUGCCGGCACCAACACCAAGUUCAGGUUCUGCCCCCGCUCCGUCGACGCCUUCGUCUCCACUGUAAUCGCCGAGGGGAGCGCCGACGGCGCCGACCAGCUCCUCUACUGGGUGCACGCCUGGACCGUCGGGCCCGAUGGGGUGAUCACCCAGCUCAGGGAGUACUUCAACACCGACCUCACCCUCACCCGCCUCUCCGCCGCGGCGGCCACCAAGAAUUGCCUGUGGCAGAGCCGCCGCAGCGACCGCGCGUGCAAGUCGCUGCAGGGCCUCGUCCUCGCCAUCUAACAACAGAGCCUACGAAUGAGUAAACUAGAAGUCAAAGGAGUUGCUUUGCGUGCUUGAAUUAAGAGUGUGAUUUAUUUGGCCUAGAUCAUGGAUUAUGGUGUGUACUACUGCUACUGCGGCAAUG